AUGGGCAUACGCGAUAUUCUCAAGAAGAAGGACGACCUCGCCACAGGCCAGCCGCCUGAGAAAGGCACUAUCGAUCAUCUGGCAGCCCCCGAAUUUACCAUCAUCCGCUCCGACACCUCAACCCAAGAGCGCAUCUACCCGCCGUCCAUGAAGUCUGUCGACAAUCUACAUCUCGCAGUCCAAGAAGCCAAAGAAAAAGACAAGUCCCGACGAUCCCUCGAUGUCUUCCGCUCCGGUCGAUCGCGCUCUGCUUCAGAGUCGAGCCAGACAAAGAAAGAGAGCGGCGCCCGUCGUCUGUCUCAGCGACUGCACCUGAGCCGAGCACCUCCAUCAUCCGAGAACGUCCCCGAGAACCUGCCCGACAUUGUCACAUCGGACGAGGCGCAGUGGGAGAAGCGCGCGACUAUGCUGGCGGGUCAGAAUAACCGCGCCAGGAGCAACAGCAGGCCAGGCACGCCCUCGGACAGCAGUAGAGGCGAAGAGCGGGCUGUUUCGUCGCAGCAGAUUGAUCAGGAUAUUCAAGAAGCCAUUCGCCUGCACGAAGAUGGGAAGCUGGAGUUGUCGACGCGCAUGUUCGGGCGCCUGGCUGAUCCUCAAGGCGCCAACAACCCGCUCAGCCAAGUGUUGUACGGCCUUGCUUUAAGACACGGAUGGGGUUGUGCACCAGAUCCAGAGGGUGCCGUCAAGUAUCUUUCCGCUGCAGCCUCCAAUUCUGCGUCGAUUGAGCAGAUGGCUCUACAGGCGGGCAUGAAGAAGGGUGGAGCUGCAAAGGGUGAGCUUGUUCUCGCCAUUUUCGAGCUGGCCAACUGCUUCAGACAUGGUUGGGGCAUCGAAAAGGAUGCCUACGCCGCCAAGCAGUAUUAUGAGACUGCGGCGAAUCUAGGAGAUACUGGCAAGUCGUACAUACACGAGCUGAGAACAAGGAGCACUCUGUACAUGAGCCGCAUCGAAGCCAUGGCUGCAGAGAUGUUCUCGUUCGCGGCAGCUCGGUAUUAUCGACUGGCUGAGAAGGCCGGUAACAAGACACUAGGGAACUCUUGGCUCUCGUCGAAUCCGCCUUGCCCGGGAGCCACAGGGCCUGGUGCCACGGAGGGCGUUCUAUCGAUUGGUCUUGAUCCCCCAUCAUGCAUCAUACGAUUCGAUGGACAACCGCUGAUUCAGACAUCUUGCAUUAGGAUCUGGAAGGAGAAGUACGACCCUCCGGGCGAAGGCAAUCGCAAGUAG